UCGUUGCUCUACAUGCUGAAUCUGUUCCUGGCUACGUCAUGGCCGACGACGAUUAUCGACAAACACAUCUUCGACCAGCAUCAUACAAACGCGUCGACAUAUAGAUGAACGUAGCUUCAUCAGCCAUCAAUUCAGCGCUAUGGGUAUUACGGGGCAUUCACGACGACACGCGCAUCACACAUAGCCGCGCAGGCCACGUCUGUAUCCGCCAUGCCUCCCCGUUUGUCUUUUACAAUCGCUUCAAUACCACCCUGACCCUCUCACUAUUAAGCACGACACCCUUCCCAAAAGACCGUCGCAUCUUCUUACAAAAACGAGGCUUUCGCACAGGUUUGUUGGGUUGGACGGUGGGUGCGCUGUUGGGCGGUACGAUAGGCAAGGAUAUUGAAAUCACACCCGCUCAAACAGUCGCGAGUCUUGCAGAAAUCCCUCAGACAUCUUUAUCGUCAAGUGCGCGCACGACGAUUGAGGCUGAAGUCAAGACCUAUACCUCCUCACAGGAUAAACGGGCCCUAUCCUUACAAGAGACAAAUGUCUGUCACAUCCCCUGCAGUUCCGGAGAUGGUUACUUUCGAAUCCGCAUCACGGCUGCGAAUGGUGUCCAACAACUCGCUGCAACGUCAACAUUCAGAAUCCUCUCUAGUUCCCUCAACACUGCUUCACCACGCGGUGCAAACUUGUACCAACUACCUGUUGAAUUCGCUGCCUAUACAACCGUCAAAUCAGCACAAGUUAGUGCAUGGGGGUUCUUCUAUGCGUGUUUUCCCUUUUUGAAACUAGGCAGUUUGAUACCGGGUGGUGGUGCCGUAUCACAGCAAAUGUUGAAUACCCUCUGGCGAUGGGCUGGUGGACAAGCGUAUUUGGAGGAGAAGAGAGAGGUCUUUAAGGUGGAUGAGACAUUGGCGAAGGCUGGGGAAGUGAGGGAUCGUGUGGAUAGAGCGAUUCCUUGGUCUGCUGUGGGUGUUCGACGGGCCUUUGAUGUGGAGGAGGAUCGGAAGCUGGGACGGCAGGGCUAUGCAGUGAGAUAUGCAGCCGUAUAGACAGUAAUCUAGUUAUCCCCUACUAAAAUAUAGUACUGUACAUUGUUUAGUCUGGUGCUG